AUGAUAUUGCGGUCACAUACAUGUCACUUCCGGUACACCUUGGCAAACUCGGCGAAAGUGACCAAUCAUCGCUUUUCAGGCGCCGUAACAACCCAUAAUUACCAUAUCCAAGGCCCAGUAAAUUCUUUCCACUCCUGUGAUUUUCAAGACUUCACAACUCACCCAGGAAACAACCAAUUGAACUGUUUUACAGAUUUAAACCUCUUAGCUGAGUUUCAUCAGCAUGGGUUUUUACACAGACCCCAUAUUGUCAACAGAAUCAUUUCCACUUGCUCAAAAUUUGGCUCAUAUUCUGUUGGGAUUCAAAUGCAUACCCAUGUUAUUAAAAUGGGAUUUGGUUCAAAUAUCUAUAUCUCAAGCGCCUUGGUUGAUAUGUAUUGCAAAUGUGGUACCGUUGUGUCGGCUCACCAUUUGUUUGAUGAAAUACCGGAGAGAAAUGCUGUGACUUGGAAUUCUUUAAUUUCUGGUUACCUAGAAACCCUUUGUCCUGGAACAGCAAUGUACUUAUUCACAGAAAUGCUAAGAUUCGGGAUAUUUCUGACGCCAUAUAGCAUUUCGGCAGCUCUUGUGGGUUGUGCCCAGCUUGAAGAUUGCUGGCUUGGGGCUCAAGUCCAUGCUCUGGGUUUAAAAUUUGGUUUUGAGUUUAAUGUUGUUGUGGGGACUGGUUUAAUUGAUAUGUACGCCAAAUGUUUGGAUAUUGAAGCCUCAAGAAGUGUGUUUGAUAGAAUGGUUUGUAAGAAUGUUCUCAGUUGGACAUCAAUGAUAACUGGUUAUGCACAGAAUAAGCUCUCCUUGGAGGCAAUGACUUUGUUUCGGGAUAUGUUGCGGGUUGGAAUUGAGGCAAAUUAUGUGACAUAUAACAGUUUAUUGAGGUCGUUUUGUUGUCCUGAUGACCUAGACCAUUGCAGGGAAAUCCAUUGUCGUAUAGUUCAGGAAGGUUUUGAGUCUAAUAUUUUUGUGUCAGUUACACUGGUGACUGUAUAUUCAGAGUGUAGUUGUAGCUUAGAGGAAUUCUAUCGAGUUUGUUCAACUAUUACCCUUUGGGACCAAAUCUCAUGGAAUGCAGUCAUUGCCGGUUUUUCCAAUUUAGGAAGUGGUGAGGAAGCACUAACCUGCUUCUCAAAGAUGAGGCAGGCAGGCAUCGGUGUUAAUAUUUUCACGUAUGCAAGUGUGUUGAAAUCAAUUGGUAUUAUUUCAGCUCUUGAAGUGGGGAAGCAGAUCCAUAGUCUGGUUACCAAGGGAGGGCAUGCUUCAAAUAUCUGUGUGCGGAAUGGGCUUGUUUCCAUGUUUGCAAGAUGCGGUAAUCUUAGUUAUGCAAAGAAAGUAUUCACGUUGAUGGAUGAACAUGAUGUCAUAUCAUGGAAUUCACUGUUGUCGGGCUAUUCCCAUCAUGGAUAUGCCGAGGAAGCUAUUAGAAUGUUCGAAGAGAUGAUGACCACUGGGGUUAAACCAAAUCUAACAACAUUCCUCAUAGUGCUUUCUGCUUGCAGCCAUUGUGGCCGGGUGGAUAAAGGACUCGAGUAUUUUCAGUUGAUGAAAGACGAUGAUAGCCUUCCACCACCCAAUUUAGAGCACUAUGCUAGCAUUGUUGAUCUGUAUGGUCGGGCUGGUCAUCUUCAGGAAGCCGAGGCAUUCAUUGAUAACAUGCCAAUACAGCCAGGACCCUCGAUGUUCAAAAGUUUACUGGGUGCUUGUCAAGUUCAUGGUGACAAAGAAAUUGCAGUACGAUCUGCAAGAAGGCUUGUGGAGCUUUGUCCAAGUGAUCCUGCAACUUAUGUUGUGCUAUCAAAUAUCUUGGCCUGUGAAGGUAGUUGGAAUGAUGCAGCUGGUAUCCGCAAGAUAAUGUGUGAUAGACAAGUGAGGAAAAACCCUGGAUAUAGUUGGAUUUGAUUCCAAAGAGCAACUAAGUUUAAGCCAUGACAUUAGGGGUGGGAGAUCUGUACAUCAAGAUAUGAAAUCCUAACAGGUAACUUCGCGUGAUUAUGCCCAGGAAACAUUCUUGCAUUUAAUUUAGGCAAACUAAUGGACAGUGUUGUGAAGUUAGUCUUGGAGGACCAUCUUGAGGAA